CUUUAAACUGCGUGUCUGCUUAUGGCCAAGUCGGAAAUAGACGACAUCUUUGCUUCCAAAGGGAAAGUUGAGUCCAAGGCUCCUGUCGCGUCUUCCUCUGCCGCGCAGGAGAAGAAAAAGAAAAACAAGAAAAAGUCUAAAGACAAGGAAGCUGUAAAGUCGGCUGAUGAUCCUAUUGACGACCCUCCCAAGGCAUCUUUGAAACGCUGUCUCCCCCAGACGAUAGUCGAUACCUCAUCCAAGGUGGAAGCACGGCCAGCGAAACGACCUAAAGUGGAAAGGAAAGGCACAGAUGCUCUCGAGGCGACCAAGCAAAAAAAGUCCAAGAAAGGCGAUGAAAAGGAGGACGAAGAGCGCUUUCGAGAUUCUCGAGGAACUGGGCCGCGUCGGAGAACGGAGGAAGGAUUCGCUAUAUAUAACGAAGACGAGCUGGGCAUAUCUGCCGAAGCUGGCGAUACCCCCUUAUGUCCCUUUGAUUGUGACUGCUGCUUCUGACAGAUCCCACUUGUGUACCCCUAUGUAUACCAGAUGUAUCACCGAAUUCAAGUACGUCAACGCCGCUACAUCUCCACAC